GCUUUUGUGGAAAAUAAUUCUCGCAUUAGGUAGUCUGAAGAUUGAAAUCUGUUCCCUAAAGGCUUCAAACUAGCUCAGUAUACUAAAAACUGUAUCAUUUGUUAGAGUUGUCUUCUGGUUCUUACCAAAUCUCACAACACAAUGAGCGACCAAUAUGGUUUCCGCACCCUCUCUCUUGACCAAACGAGGAAGGAGUUGAAACGUAUCUGGGAAGAAAAGAAAAAUGAUCUGGACAAUGCAAGGGUCGGCAAGGUAGACCUCGGAGCGAGGCAGCGUGAAGCCGCCGCGGAAGGCCUUCAGCCAGAUACAGAAGCGCAAACUGAGAUGGACGAACUCGACAGAGACAUUGUCAUCUUCGGGAACGAAGAGAAGAUUCUCAAAUGUCUCCUCAACAUUUACGACUUGAUAGCGAAGCCAAAUAAGACCCCUGCCGACGAGGAGAAGCUCAAGGCCUCCCUGACAGAUCUAUAUCAAAGUUACCACCCGGAUAAGUUGAAGAUCAAGAUCCAGUAUAUAGUGGACAAGGCCAAGGUCGAUGGUUCCUCCAAGUAGAAGCAUUGGGUCGCCCUAACUUAUACCACAAUCCAAUGAUCUCAACCAUCUCCACCUUCCCUGGACUCGUUCACCAAGUGCAAGUCACUGCUUGGUUUAACAUUUUCGAACCUUCUCUUUGCUUCAUAACGAUCCCAUACCUGCUAUUCGACAUGGUCGGGUGCUCUCAACCAUUAGUCAAUCCCUGC